AGCUAAAUGGAUGGAAGGGUGCCAGGGACUCUGCAGUAUUACAAAGAGGGACUUUUUCCGCCUAUUUUGGACUGCCUGGGAUAGCUCUCUUAAACCCACGACCAUACUUUCAGCCUUUGAAGCUACUGGACUAGCUCCUUUUGAUCCAGAACGGGUACUAGCAUGCUUCCGCUCACGAGAUAACCGCCCAUCUUCAAGUGACAGUACUUCAUCAGUACUUAGUGCUAGCGACUGGCGUAAGAUUGAGCGGCUUCUAUGCCAAGUUGUGGAAGAUAUAUACGAUUCAUGGGCAUCAAAGCUCUCCCAUACAAUACACUCAAUUGCCGCAGAAAAGCAGAUCCUCCAGGUGGAAAAUGAGCAGCUCAAAGAAGCACUAAUCAAUGAGAGAAAGCGCCGUCAACGAGGUAAGCUGUUGCUCCUUGAGCCGGCAGCAGAGUACAAUGGGGGUGCUGUAUUUUGGUCACCUACAAAAGUUGCACAGGCACGCCAGCACCAGGCAGAUAAGGAUGAGGAGAAGAAGGCAAUACAGGCUCAAAAGGAUGCAGAGAGCAAGCGGCGAGAGGAGGCAAAGGCUCAGAAAGCUGCCUUGCUUGAGGAGAGACGACAACUACGAGCUGCUGCUAAAUUAGAGCGCCAGUGGGAGCGUGAGCAGAAGGCCUUUGAGGUACAGGAAACCCAGCAGGCCCGCACAAUUGAAAAACAACUCCGUGAUGACAUAAGACUUGCUAAAAGAGGCAAGAAAAAGAGCCUUAAGCCUCCUGCAGCAACUCCGGAAGCUAUUAAGGAAGUACAGCCAGAGAUACCCGUGCUGGAAGUAGACAGAGCUGCUACAACACGUACAUGCAAGAUACGGCUACCUAGCCGCUUCCGCCAGGAGAUAUAGUAAUAUAUUGUGUCACAUGAUACAAUAAGCCUCUCUAAUUGCUACACCAAAAAAUCUGGUGAUUUUAAUAUAUAUAUAGCCUUGUACAGCCUCACUGUUGUAGCUGGUGAAUGUCCCGAAAUCGUGCACGAGCCAGUCCCGUGCAUGAGCCAGUCGCUGACGUUAACCGUAGUGCGACUAGCGACG